AUGGCAAAGGUUCUUGCUAACGGGCUGAAAAUUAUCCUCCCAUAUAUUAUAUCAGAUUCUCAAAGUGCUUUUGUACCAAAGAGGCAAAUCAUUGAUAAUGUCCUACUGGCUCAUGUGGUUGUGCAGUUUUUAAAAAAGAAGAGAGCGGGCAAAACUGGCUUUAUGUCCAUUAAACUAGAUAUGAGCAAAGCAUAUGAUAGAUUAGAAUGGGAUUUUCUUGUACAAAUCAUGUACAAGCUGGGCUUCAAUACUAAAUGGAUUAAUUUGGUCAUGAGGUGUGUCAAAACUGUAUCCUAUUCGAUUCUUAUCAAUGGGGAUCCAAAAGGACCUAUCUUCCCCAUGAGAGGUCUCCGACAAGGUGAUCACUUGUCACCUUACCUCUUCUUACUAAGCACUGAGAGUCUAAUUUCUUUAUUACACAGCGCCAAGCAAAGCCAUUUGAUAACUGGUGUUAAGAUAUGUAGAGGAGCUCCACGCUUAAACCAUCUCCUAUUUGCAGAUGAUAGCCUUGGCUUCUGUAAAGCCACACAGCAGGAGAAUGAGAAUGUCCAUAAUCUACUUGAGAAGUAUGAACAUGCAUAA